ACUUAGCUGUGCUACAUAGCUAUGGGAUCCUUAUCAUGGGCUGUGCCUGUGCUUACCUACCACCAGCUAAGUUCAGCUUCAGCUCCAUCAUGGAGUCCGCUCUGCCGGCUUUACAUCCUAUAGUUGCUGCUGGUUCUGAUAGAUGUGAAUCUGUCAAAAACAUACUAGGCGUUACAUACGAGCAGAUGCAACAGAAAAACUUAAGCUUAUUUAAUGAAAAAUUAAACAUAGAUUGCAUAACAAAAAAUGGCAAUAUAAAGUACAAUUUCAAAACAUCCCGAUUAAAAAGACUGCUGAGAACAAGAAAUAUUAUUAUUUUAAUACACGGUUACCUGGAAUCGUCUAAUGGUGAAAUGGUUACUGCAAUAGCACCGGAGUUGUUGAAACGUAAUAUUAAACUAUUUGCCUUAGACGCAAGCGAUGUUAUAAGCUUCGAAUACUUUAGGUCGUCGACUUAUGUGCGUUUCAUGGGAGAGAUGCUGGGCAGAUUGUUGAGUGAUGUAAUCAACAGUGGCCAGAACUCAUCGAAAAUUCAUCUUAUUGGACAUAGCCUUGGGGCACAUGUUGCAGCAGUGGCCGGUCAGCAGGUGUACCGUGAUACAGGCCAGAAGUUAAACAGAAUAACUGGCCUAGAUCCUGCAGGACCUUGCUUCAGUAACGUCAGUCUUGAUAGUAGAUUGGACGCCUCAGAUGCUGAUUUUGUUGACGUUAUCCAUACAAAUGCUGGAAUCCUCGGACUAAACGAACCUGUAGGUCACAAAGACUUUUACCCAAAUGAUGGUAUGAGCCAGCCUGGCUGUAUCUUAUCCACAUGCGAUCACAGUAGAGCUUGGGAACUGUUUGCAGAAUCUAUAAAUAAACCGGACUGUUUUCCUGCAAGAAAAUGCGGAAACUGGACGUUAUAUCAAAAUGGCGUUUGCGCUAAAAACGAAAUGUCACAUAUGGGAUAUAAAUCUGAAAGAGGCAGUCCAGGAAUAUACUUCCUCUCCACUUCAUCAUCAGCACCCUUCGGUUUGGGAAAUUUAAAUUAG